CCCUCCCCUCAUCACCCAAUCCACCCCUCAUCCCCGCCAUGGCCACAAACACAUCCAACGGCGCAUCGUUGCCCCCCACCGGCCCGGGCCCAUUCCCCGUCUCGAUUCCCAUCGAACCAGGCACAAGCUCGCUGUGGGACCGGUUAUCGUCGUGGGCAGGCGAGAACAAGGGCGUUGUCUACACAAUCGCCGGACUCACAUUGGUCGUGGGUGCAGGCGGUGUCAUCUACUAUUCCAGCUCCGACAAGAGCGGCGACUCCGGAGCGUCGGCGUCCAACAAGCGGAGGAAGCAGCGCGACCGCAAGCGCGCCAAGGAGAGGGCAGACCCCAAGGAUGCGACGGCGACAGGCGAGGAGGCGCCAGCUGCGGAGCCCAAGACGGCGUCAGUAGCGGCCACGACCGAGGAUGAGCUGCCCGACGUCGACGAGACGACCGUGGGGACGCUCUCGGAAGAGGAUAAGAAGGACUACGCCGCCAAGCUCAAGGCUGCGGGCAACAAGGCCUACGGCGCCAAAGACUACACCCGCGCCAUCGACCUCUACGGCAAGGCCAUUCUCUGCCGCCAGGACCCCGUCUUCUACUCGAACCGCGCCGCCUGCUUCAACGCCAUGUCGGACUGGGACAAGGUUAUUGAGGACACGACGGCCGCCAUCAACCUCGACAACGAGUACGUCAAGGCCCUGAACCGCCGCGCCAACGCAUACGAGCAGGUCGAGCGCAACAGCGAGGCCCUCCUCGACUACACAGCGAGCUGCAUCAUCGACGGCUUCCGCAACGAGAACAGCGCCCAGAGCGUCGAGCGCCUGCUCAAGAAGGUCGCCGAGACCAAGGGCAAGGCCAUCCUCGCCUCCAAGCAGAAGAAGCUGCCCAGCCCCACCUUUGUCACAAACUACCUGCAGAGCUUCCGCCCCAAGCCGCCACCAGCCGGUCUCGAAGACGACGCCGAGCUGGACGAGGAGAGCGGAAAGGGACAGUUGCGCAAGGGUCUCAAAGCCAUGGGCACGAAGACGGCCGAGGGGUACGCAGAAGCCGCGACUGCCUUUGACCAGGCGCUGGAACUGGGAGACCUCGACGAGCAUGAGGCGUUUGCGUACAACAUGCGCGGAACUUUCAGCUAUCUCAAGGGCGACAACGAGGAUGCGCUAGCCGACAUGGACAAGAGCAUUGAGCUGCAGCCAACACUAACACAGAGCUUCAUCAAGCGAGCUAGCAUGCACUUGGAGCUGGCCAACCCUGAAGCCGCCGAAGCAGACUUCGCCGCCGCUCUCGAGCAAAACGGCACCGACCCCGACAUCUACUACCACCGCGCACAGCUCCACUUCAUCAAAUCGGAAUUCGGGGAAGCCGCCAAGGACUACCAGAAGUCGAUUGAUCUCGACACCGACUUCAUCUUCUCGCACAUCCAGCUCGGCGUCACACAAUACAAGAUGGGCAGCAUCGCCUCGUCCAUGGCCACGUUCCGCCGCUGCAUGAAGAACUUCUCCCAAGUCCCCGACGUCUACAACUACUACGGCGAGCUCCUCCUCGACCAGCAAAAGUACCAAGAAGCCAUUGAGAAAUUCGACACGGCCGUCGAAAUGGAGAAGACCAGCAAGCCCCUCGGCAUGAACGUCCUGCCCCUCAUCAACAAGGCCCUCGCCCUCUUCCAGUGGAAGAACGACUUUGCCGAUGCGGAGGAACUGUGCGAGAAAGCAUUGAUUAUCGAUCCUGAGUGCGACAUCGCUGUCGCUACUAUGGCGCAGCUGCUCCUGCAACAGGGCAAGGUUACAGAGGCGCUCAAGUACUUUGAGCGCGCGGCUGAGCUGAGUCGCACAGAGGGCGAGAUUGUCAACGCGUUGAGUUAUGCGGAGGCGACGAGGACACAGCUAGAGGUCCAAGAAAAAUACCCCAAGCUGGCUUCGAGACUGGGCGCUAUGGGCGGUGGCGCCGGUGGGUUCGGGGGCAUGCGGUGAGAGGUCCCAUGGGACGGGGUUUUCCUGAGGAUGUGUGGGUUAAAAAUGCAUAAUUCUAUUGUUCGCUUUGUGGAUCUUUUUUGGUCCUCCACCCCCGUUUUUGUGUGCCUUUGUAUAUUAUUCGUUGAAUCGAAGUGAAUGGAAGUAAGUGAGUAAGUAUGACAUAUUGAGACGUGAGAGGAGAUGAUUGAUGUAACACAAGGCCUUUGACACAAACCCCUAUCCACCACUAACGGCUAAGUUCGAUGUCUUGACACUCUACAUGUACCCUUCCCUCACAGGACAUACGACUGCGAUCUAUCUCCUGUAAAGACGAUAAAUCCACACAUUUACAAACGUGUUCGCGCGUCGUCCAUUUAUUUAAUCUAUCAAUUAUCCAAAAU